AUGAAGGAACUGAUAGAGGAAUCAAUUGAGGAAUCAAGUGAGGAAUUGAUUGAGUAACUGAGUGAGGAAUCGAGUGAAGGAUCAACUGAGGAAGCAAGUGAGGAACUGAGCGAGGAGACAAAUGAGGAACCAAGUGAGGAACUGAGCGAGGAAUCGAGUGAGGAACUGAGUGAGGAAUCAAGUGAGGAACUGAGUGAGGAAUUGAGUGAGGAACUGAGUGAGGACUCGAGUGAGGAAGCUCUUGAGGAACCAAGUAAGGCACUGAGUGAAGAACUGAGUGAGGAAUCAAGUGAGGAACUGAGUGAGGAAUUGAGUCAGGAACUGAGUGAGGAAUCGAGUGUGGAACUGAGUGUGGAACUGAGUGAGGAACUGAGUGAGGAAUCAAGUGAGGAACUGAGAGAGGAAUUGAGUCAGGAACUGAGUGAGGAAUCGAGUGUGGAACUGAGUGUGGAACUGAGUGAGGAACUAAGUGAGGAACUGAGUGAGGAAUCGUGUGAGGAAAAAGUGAAGAAUCGAGUGAGGAACUAAGUGAGGAAUUGAGUGAGGAAUCGAGUGUGGAACUGAGUGAGGAACUAAGGGAGGAAUCGAGUGAGGAAGCUCUUGAGGAAUCAAGUGAGGAAAAAGUGAAGAAUCGAGCGAGGAACUAAGUGAGGAAUUGAUUGAGAAACUGAGCAAUGAUUUAAGGACUGAGGAACUGAGGAAGCAAGUGAGAAACUCAAUGAGGAAUCAAGGGAGGAACCUAGUGAGAAAUUUGAGAUGUCAUUAAGAGAACUGUUUGUUAAAUAUUUUUCAGGGAACAAUGAGUGGGCGAAAGAAUACACAGUGAGCCACAUCCUACAGGAACUCUGAGCUCUGACUCCAUCCUGAUGCUCCUGACAGAACUGGUUCUUGAUCUGUGGUUAUUCUGAGACUUUAAGUGCUGGUUAAAGUGACAAAAUCCAAACACUUGGAGAGCAUCAGAGCGAAAGCCACAUCUUUACACUCAGUUUGAGCCCAAAUGACUGGUGGAAUUAAUUUUGAUUAAAUGUGAGAAAAUAUCUUGGCUCCAUUUCUUUCAAUUAUAUUGUGAACAUAUUUUGAAAUAUUUAAAUAUUACAUUUUAAAAUUCUAUAUAUUUUUGCACUUU